AUUGAGGCCAGGCCGAAGCACCAUGAGCGGCAUGGGCGAGCAGCUGAAGUGCGAAGUCUGCGAUGACACAAACGCGACCAUCCAAUGCCAGGUGGACGCGAACAAAUCCCACACGAGAACUCCUCUCUUCCGCAACCGCGGGCUCGGCCUCAACUCCCGUCCGAUCUCCCACAGCUCCACUCGCACCACCUCCCCGAGAGAAGUGAAGGCGCUGGACGAGCUGAAGCUUGGGGACAUGAACUCGUUCUCACCGAUCGUCAAGUCGGAGGACCUGAGGAGGGAGAAGGACCAGAUGAGACCAUACCCUGAGCUCUCGGACUUCCACCCUCCUCCUGACAACCUGCGGAAGCCCCUCGGGUUCGCCUCCAACGCCCCGGAGCCGCCGAUGAGAGACAACGUGUCAAACCUUGAGCGAGCGCAAGAGCUCAACAUGGACUCGCUGAAGCCGCUCCCCUACUUCGAUCACCACGGGAGGCACGACUACCCCGAGCAGGAGCACCUGCCCUACCGCAACUACAUCCACGAGCCCACGGUCAACCAGGUCUAUGGGAGGACAUCUGAAUUCGCUGCACAACAAAACUUCAAUUCCACACCGCAGAACUUCAACUCUGCAUCGCAGAACUUCAACUCUGCAUCGCAGAACUUCAACGCCACGCCGCAGAAUUUCAACUCGACCCCGCAGAAUUUCAACGCCAACCAACCACGGAACGCGAGGGAGUACGGCAACGCUCCAUCCGUCUAUGCGAGAUCAGGAUAUGCAACCCCCACAAGAUCAAACAUCAGCCUAAGUCAAUUCCGCAGCGGCAUACGGUCAGUGUCUCAAUCAGGUUCCAACACCCCCACCACUCGAGGCAAC